CAAAUCCAAGUAAAAGCCCAGUAACCAGUAACCUUCUUGCCCAAAGCACAAGAAACCUCAUUAUUUCGGUAUCAAUAAAACCUUCUGCAAACAAUUCCUAAUUCCCUCCAUUAUUGUCAAAAAUCUUCACUCUUUCACCUUUCGAUCUCUUCUCAAUUUCUCUCUUUUCCAGAACGGUUUUAUUGUUAGAUCAUGAAGCUUGAUACCAGUGGUUUUGAAUCAACUGCACCGCUCUUUGGAGCGAGUAGCAGUAGUGAGAUGGUUAAUGGAUUUUCGGCUCCGGCGUCAUUUGAGCUUCCUGUUACUUCUGAUUUUGAUGGUUUUCAGAGUGAAGCUAAACAAACGCUGAAGCAUGCUAAGGGAACCACCACACUUGCUUUUAUUUUUAAAGAGGGUGUCAUGGUUGCUGCUGAUUCUAGAGCUAGCAUGGGAGGCUAUAUCUCAUCACAGUCCGUUAAAAAGAUCAUUGAAAUCAAUCCUUAUAUGCUUGGUACAAUGGCUGGAGGAGCUGCUGACUGCCAGUUUUGGCAUAGAAACCUGGGGAUUAAGUGUCGGCUACAUGAAUUAGCAAACAAACGUAGAAUUUCAGUCACAGGAGCAUCAAAGCUUUUAGCCAACAUUCUGUACAACUACCGUGGAAUGGGUCUGUCUGUUGGUACCAUGGUUGCUGGAUGGGAUGAAACGGGUCCUGGACUAUAUUAUGUUGAUAGUGAAGGAGGAAGGCUGAAAGGAACAAGAUUCUCAGUUGGAUCGGGUUCCCCGUAUGCUUAUGGUGUACUAGAUAGUGGGUACCGGUUUGAUAUGUCAAUUGACGAAGCUGCAGAGUUGGCUAGAAGAUCUAUUUAUCAUGCUACAUUCCGAGAUGGAGCCAGUGGAGGAGUUGCCAGCGUUUAUUAUGUUGGACCCAAUGGAUGGAAGAAGCUAUCUGGCGAUGAUGUUGGAGAACUUCACUACCAUUACUAUCCAGUUAUGCCCAGUACGGUGGAACAGGAAAUGGUUGAAGUAACAGGGGCAUGAGGAAAGUUCCCUCCUGUUAUCCAAUGGAGAUGGCCUGCAUUUACAUCUUAUGUAGCAGAAGCUGUUAAUUACUGGUGUUUUUGAGUUUAUCACUGGAACAAUUCAUGAAUUGAUGUUGCUUUGAGUUAAUCCCAUGAGUAGGCUAUUCUUAUCAUCGUUCCAUUAUGUAAUUCUGUUUCUUUUAGUCUUUAUAAGAAAGAAUAGAAGGGGAUUUAUGCAGCUA